UGGACCUACAGGUAUAAAAAGGAUCCGCGCACAAAAUACGAUACCUUCUCUGACCAUGCGUUUCUUUUUGAUUCUUAGUAUUGUCGUUGCGGCGGCGUGGGCUAAAAGCUACGAUGGAUACAAACUCUACCGUCUUCACCCAACCAGUAAGGACCAAGUAGAGUUAUUGAAGAAAAUCGAAAAUGCGGACAAAAUUGACUUUUGGUCGCACUUAAGGUUUAGCGGCCAGCCCAUCGACGUUAUGGUUGAACCAACAACCCAAGAUGCCUUCACAUGGUUCCUAAACAUGCAAGGAAUUAAAUACGAUAUCGCAAUCGACAACAUUGAAAGGAUCGUCGAAGAAGAAAGAAUGCAACAGAUGUCGGCUCCAAGAUCAGCUUCUGGCUCAAUCAGCUUCAGCAAGUUCAACAGAUUCGACGAGAUUACCGCGUACAUGAACAAACUAGCCGCUGAUUAUCCCAACCUCGUACAACUGGAAACCAUUGGACAUACCACCGAGGGCCGUGAGAUGAAAAUGAUCCAAAUUUCUAGCAAUCGUGGUGCUCGUAAACCGAUCAUCUUCGUUGACGCCGGAAUUCACGCCAGGGAAUGGCUCGCUCCUGCCCAAGCUUUGUACCUCAUCAAAGAGCUCGUAGAAAAUGAAGCAAAUAGGCACCUCUUGGAAAAAGUUGACUGGCACAUCCUCCCGGUUUUCAACCCUGAUGGCUACGAAUACAGUCACACCACAGCCCGUUUCUGGAGAAAAACUCGUUCCAAUCAAGGACCAUGCAAGGGAACCGACGCGAAUCGUAACUUUGGAUAUCACUGGGGUGAAGUCGGUACGAGCGACUCCCCUUGCUCAGACAUCUUCAGGGGACCUUCCGCAUUCUCUGAACCGGAAAGUCGUGCAGUUCGCGAUUACCUCUUAUACCGCCGAAAUGACAUCAAAUUGUACCUUACAUUCCACAGCUACGGAAACUACAUCUUGUAUCCAUGGGGAUUCACUUCAGCUUUACCCCAUGACGACAACGAACUUCGCAGUUUGGGCGAAAAGGUAAAUAGGGCAAUUGUUGCAGCAGGCGGUCGUACAUACACUGUUGGUACGUCCACAAAUGUAUUGUACGGAGCAGCCGGCGGUAGCGAUGACUGGGCUAAAGGAGUCGCCGGAGUUGAGUUGGCUUACACUAUUGAGCUUCCCGCCGGUGGUUCCGGAUUCGAUCCUGCUCCAAGCCAAAUCUUCGGUCACGUUCAGCAGACCUUUGAAGGAAUUAAGGAGUUCGGAAAAUACAUCGCCUCCAAAUUCGCUUAAUUUUCGAUGCUCUUUUGAACUUUCUUUUUUAUUCAAACAACAAUAAUAAAGUACACAAAAUAA